UCUGUAUUUAAGAAACUUCAUCAGUAGGCCACUUCUUAGCUCGUUUGGCUGUCGUAUUUUUAGUUUCAGCAUAUAAUAAUAUAAUAUGAUUGUGCUCUGGUUUUUGUGUCUAGGUUACACUAAUGCGAUGACCGAUACGGGCCCUCCGGAUGGUUUCAUGUCGAAUUGUCCCGGAAUGGAUCGUAAUACAACAAUGUCAGAGAAGACGAAGGAGUCUCUAACAGUGUUGGUGAUGUGGCCCUCUGACGGCUGGUUCGGUCACGACGAAGCCACUUGCAAGCUCAACGUCGAAGAUGUGGAUUGUGUCAAAGAACACAUAGAUUUGAAUAACGAAACACUGGUUUUCAUUAGUGGUUAUUUAGAUGCGUCAUUCUCACCGAUCGUCCAAACGAUGGUUCAGCCUUAUCUAGAACGAGGGAAAAAUGUCAUAGUCGUAGAAAUCUUUCCUAUCCUGGUACGAACUUAUCCUAUCGCAGCUCGUCUUACCAAGCCGCUGGGUCACAUUCUCGGGGAGUUUUUAGCAGAACUGACUAAGCUCGGAUUGCAACCGCAAAAUCUGGAGAUGCUCGGUGGAAGUUUGGGAGCUCAUAUUGCUUAUUACGCAGCGACUAAGUACCAUGAGUUGACGAAUUUAAAACCUUCAAGAAUAACAGGAUUGGACCCAGCCGGUCCCUGUUUCCGUAAUCUGCCCCGCAAGGAGCGGUUCAACUCUGACGCCGCGCACCACGUGGACGCGCUACACACCAAUAUAGAUGGCUUUGGGAUCGCUGAUGCUGAUGCACAUGUUGAUUUUUAUGCUAAUGGAGGUGAAUACCAGCCAUACAUGACGGGUACGUUCAUCAUGCCGUGCUUCCUAUUCUGUAGUCACGUACGCGCUGCCCUCUAUUGGAUCAUAUCACACCAAAACCCGGACAAAUUCCUCGCAGUUCAAUGUGAUACCUUACACGACGCUCGACAUGGAAACUGUUAUACUAAAUACACAAAAAGCAAUGUACUAGGCCCUAACACUAACUUUAGUAGACCCGGUAUAUUCUAUCUGCCUACUACGGAAGCCCCGCCCUAUUAUUUAGGGGCUAAAGGAUUGAAACCGAGAAAGUAUAAAGUGAAUAACUACUUAUUGAAGACUGCGCCAGAUAAAGAUAUUGUUAUUUGAUAUA